AUGUGUCGGAUACUAGAGAACGUAGAUAAUAAAAUAGUCUAUAUAGACGAUGUUCUUGUUUAUGCUACGACUCUGGAAAAGUUACGAGAUACCGUUGACUUAGUCCUAAAGAUCUUCAAAUUAAACAACCUAACACUCAAUGAAUCCAAGUGCGAGUUCGACCAAACAGAAAUAACAUUUUUGGGUCACCGUCUCGAUAAAAACGGUUUCAAUAUAGAAUCAUCGAAAAUACAAGAUAUCGAGAAGUUUGGGAGUCCGAAGAACUCAUCGGAGUUGAGAAGCUUCCUUGGGCUAGCUUCUUUUAUAAGUUCGCACAUAAAGAACUUCGCUGACCUGACUGCACCAUUGAGAGCUGCAAUUACGAACCAAGCCUGGAGUUGGGGUGAAGAACAACAAACAGCUUUUGACCGGGUCAAAAAACAAAUCAUCCAGUGUACGACCGCUUUAGGAUUCUUUUCCGAAUUGGAUAAAACUAUCUUGUAUACAGACGCCUCGCCACAUGCGCUGGGUGCCGUGCUUGUGCAGGAAAACUCAGAGAAGAUCCCACGCAUUAUAAGUUUCGCCUCUAAGGCUUUAACUGACACUGAGAAGAAGUACCCCCAAAACAAACGAGAGGCCCUGGCAGCCGUCUGGGCAGUAGAGCGAUUUUCUUAUUUCCUCACUGGCCGGCAUUUCGUGUUACGCACAGAUGCCCAAGGUAUGGCAUUCAUAAUCAGUAGACCUCGUGAAGAGUCCAAACGAGCGCUAACGAGAGCAGACGGUUGGUCAUUGCGUCUAAGCCCAUACGUUUAUGAGGUCGAAUAUAUAAAGGGUCAAGAUAACAUAGCAGACCCCUCGUCACGGUUAUACCGUGGCGAGGAUAAAGCAUUCAAUGAAGAUGUAAGCCCUUGGGAAAUCUGCCACUUACAGUCUAAUCAUUAUGCAUUCCUAACGAAAGAAGAAAUCCAAGAGCAUACUAAGAAUGACGCAGUCCUCCAACGAGUAAUUUGCUCGCUUGAAUCGGGAAAAUGGCCUUCGAACAUAUCUAGGUACAAAACAGUAGCAAACGAAUUGCAAUUUACUGAAGAUAUUUUGAUCAGAAAUGGCUGCGCUGUUAUACCUCAAGAUCUUCAAGAAAAAGUUUUGAAAAUAGCGCACUCUGGUCACCCAUUGGAGGCCAAGUUCAAAAGCAUACUGCGGAAAAGAGUCUGGUGGCCGGGUAUGGCAAAAGAUGCCGACCAGUGGGUGAAAUCCUGCGCCUCUUGCGCGAUUAAUGGUAGGCCAGAGAGGCCCACACCCAUGCAGCGAACAUUUGCCCCAAAAACGGUGUGGGACACAAUAGCGGUCGAUUUUAACGGCCCUUAUCACAAACUCGGUGGCAUUUUGAUUCUGGUCAUAAUAGAUUUCCGUUCAAGGUACGCGAUUGCUUCACCCGUUAAAUCAACUAAAUUUGAACACACAAGAUCGGUGUUCGAUGGCAUCUUCCAGAGGGAAGGUUUUCCUCGGGCUAUAAAGAGUGACAACGGGCCACCCUUUAAUGGAGAGGAGUACAGAGAAUAUUGUAAUAUUCGUGGUAUCAAAACAAUAUUCUCUAUACCUUUCUACCCUCAACAAAAUGGCUUAGUUGAGUCCUUCAUGAAGGUUGUGAACAAGGCCAUAUCGACGGCACUGCACUCCAACACCGACUAUCGAUUUGAGCUUCAAGCCGCGGUAGACGCGUAUAACGCUGCCGACCACUCCACCACGAAAAUGUCACCGGAGGAAGUUCACAUGGGACGUAAAAUUCAGCGGGGAUUACCUGUCCUCCGCGAUAGCUGCUAUCCAGGUAACCACGACACGAGUAAGACUCUAGACAGUCACGAUCGGAAAUUCAAAAUCCGCUCCAAACAACGGGAGGAUGAGCGGCGUGGAGCAAGGCCAUGUAAAGUGAGGAAGGGCGACACGGUGGUCAUAGAGCGGCAAUCUAAAACGAAAGGACAGUCAAGAUUUUAUCCAAAACGCUUCACGGUUGAGGCCGAGAAUAAUGGCAAUUUAAUACUUAUUGACUCCGAUGGACAAAAGCUACAGCGUCAUGUGGCACAGACCAAAAAAGUAUAUCCGUGGCGGAAUGAAGAGGAAGCAUCUGGUAAUGGACAUCACAAUGUGAGCUCCAACGACACCGUCGAGAACGAUCGUCCAACGCGAGAAAAACGGGUCCCAGCGUAUCUUGCCGAGUAUGAGCACUCAUUAUCCAUUUAA